AUGCCAAACAUGCUUUUCCCAGUGCAAACGCGUGGAAAUCAGGCGAAAACAUGCCGGAAAACGAAGAAUUGGUCCAUUAUGUCGUUGGCGGCGACCAUAUCGACAAUUACACCUCCGAAUGUGUCGUACAUCCAAAUGGACUCUCUUGUAAUUAUGAAGAUCGUGAAACACGUUGACAGCGAACUUUAUGCUGGAAUGAGCGAGGUAGCUGGCGAGGCUUGUCAAGGUUUGCUCACUGGUCUUGUGUCGGUUGAAAAGGACGAUAGCCGAUUGGAAAUCACUAACUGCUUCCCUACGGCAAGGGCUGAACCGGUACUGGAAAGCGAUGAGAAUGCAGCUCAAGCCAACCAGAUGUACGAAGAGUUGAAACAGCAAGAAAUGUUGGACAUGCUAAGGAAAUUUAGAAAUAUGAAUAUUGACUACGAGCUAGUAGGGUUCUAUCAAGCACAUCCAUUUGGAGCUUGUUUCUCACAGGAUCUCGUUGAUUCGAUGUUUGAUUACCAAAGUAACGGACCAGAUGGUGUGGUAAUAAUUUACGAUCCGGUGAAGACCCGGCAAGGACAACUUUGUCUUCGCGCUUACCGCCUCUCCGUUCCUGCCCUUGAGCUUUGUGCGAAAAACGAUUGGUCACCUGAUGCAGUGAAAGCUGCUAAUCUUACCUACCAGUCCAUGUUUGAGGAACUACCAAUUGUUAUCAAGAGUAGUCACCUUGUCAAUGUGAUGAUGGCCGAAUUGUCAUUGGCACCUACCCGAAUUUCGGACCGAUUUUCGACACAUUUGGAGUUGGGUUCGCGGCGGUCGCUAGAGAAAAGUGUCCGUGCAAUGAUGGCUAAUAUUGAUGAACUGAACAAGUCUAUAUCUGCGUAUGGAAAGUACGUCAACGACAAGCAACGUCACGACAACAUGAUUUAUAACCUGACCCAAAAACGACAAGCAGAGAACGAACAACGGAUAGCGAGGGGAGAACCGCCGUUGUCGAUGGACGACAUCCGUAAGCAAAAAGAACCGCAACUUCAGACUCGCAAUGGAAUGCUUGAUGCGAUGCUAAGCAGCUGCGAAACGCAAGCUUUAGCUGAUUUUUGUGUUAAAGUUACCGGAGAAAAUAUCGCUAAACUCUUUCUGGCAGAAGCAAUUGCAGAUGAUAAAGGAACUGGCAAGGACCGAUCGCAAAGCUUACUUACUCGUUGA